UCAUCACAGUUCCCUCGGUAGAUACACCUGAUUGUAAAUAAACGAUGAUUAACCCGUGAUCAUGGUGCUGAGUUAUUUGUACGAUUAGUAUUCGUGAUAUGCAGUAAGGUAUAUCAAAACAAUGAAUAAUCGAACGAAUGCACAACUUGUUGACACAAAUGUUUCACAAAAUGAAUGACAUUGUCCUCUAACCUCUUUGACCACUACAAAUCUGUUGCAAAUAUGUCUCGAUACGUCAUGAACAAAACAAAUUUUAGAUGCAUCUACAUUGAUACGAUGUGCAUAAUAUGUAUAGCAAUCUUUAUUUUGAGAUUCUGCGUAUGCAUUUCAGUUAGAGCGAGUCAAAAAUGGACAAAAUUUUUAUCUAGAUAAAAUUGUUGAAAACUGAUAAAAAAUAAAUUGUUUAUAAUAUUCUUUGACUUUUAUUUGAUUCUUAUUUCGUUUUGACCAUGCGACACCUAAUAUGCAUUUCAGCAGAUAACAUUAUCGACCACGUGUAUGUCAUUGUUUAUUGAAGUAAAAUGGGUCGGAAAAUUCCUGGAAAAAAGCAUCGAGGUGUGAAAGAUCCUUUUAAACAGCAAGCGAAACGACAAAUAGAGUUAGAAACAAAAAUAAAUGCACCGCCGAAAGACGCGGACGAACAAACAAUACCAAAAAGUUUGGAACGUGUAAUAAAACUAAAAGAGGCAGUAAAGUUGGGAAAAAUAAAAAAAAUAAAAAAACGAAAAAAGAAAAAGGACAAACUUAUAUCCGUCGGCGGUCAGUAUUCCAAAUCCUUGCAUCCAAACGCAAAACCAGACAAGGUUGUUCCGUUGUUUCAACAGAGGCCCGGUGAAACCACAGAACGAUUCUUGCAUCGAGUCCAAAGAGAGACGCAUGCUUUUCUUAACGAAACUGCGUUCGAGAAAAAGUACGACGUUCAGGUGACUCGAAAUCCGGAAACUGGAAGAAUAGAGGGGCUCACAAAAUGCAAUUUGACCGAAUUGGAUAUAAUUGAGAGAUUAAGAGCGAAACAUAAAAAUAUUAAAAAGAAGAAAAAAAAAGAUAACGAUGAGAUUAAGUUGACAAAAAGUCAGAAAAAGAAAGAGAAGUUGCAAUUAAAGAAAGAGAGAAAAAAGGCGGAAGGUACAGAUGAGUUUGAGAAUUUCAAAGAUCAAGUAAAAUUCGGCGAAGUUAAUCAUGAACCGCCUCGAUUAAAAGUUAAACCAAAGGCAGCUGACUCUACAAGUGGCUUGAAGAAGGAUCUUCUGCUACAUUCGUUGUUAAGGAAAACCGCGACACCAAAAACAGAUUUUAAAAAGGCAGUUUCCAUAAAUAGAUCGGGCAAGCGUAAAAAUUUGCCAGUCGGGGAAAGAAGGCAGCUGGAAAAAGAUCAAAAUGAUGUUGUAGUAGCAUACAGGAAAAUGAAAGUACAACGUUCUACCGGCUUUAACAACUAGGGACUUCCGGAUCCCUCACCCCUGGUGGUAAAUUGAGAGUACCACGCAUGAUAGGUAAAAACAUUGGAAUGCUUUGAAGUUUAACCAAAUCAGGAUCUUUAUCGGUCGUCGGAUCAGCAGCAGCCGG